AUAAAUUAAUACAUGUAAGAAUGAACUCAUGCAAGUUGCAACACAACACUACACCAACCUAGCUAGUUCUUUCAAUUCAUUCAAGCAUUAUGGCUUAUGCUAAGCUCUCUCUUUUGCCUCUCUUCUUACUAGCCACAUUUUUAUUAAUGUUCCCAAUGAAGGAGGUAGAAGCAGUUUGUCCAAUUGCAUGUUUUCUAUAUAAGCCAAAAGGAUGUGGUGAUGGUUGUAAAUGUGUCCCCGCUUCACUAACUUCUGGGGUAUGUGUUAAAGCGUCAUUUCAACAUGUUACUAUGAUGGUGGAGAAACACCCUAACUUAUGUGAGUCUCAUGCUGAUUGCACCAAAAAAGAAAGUGGGAGCUUUUGCGCUCGUUUUCCAAAUUCAGAGAUUGAGUAUGGAUGGUGUUUUGACUCUAACUCUGAAGCUGAAGCCUCAUUCAAGAAUGCUCUUAGCUCUGAAUUCUCAAACUUGUUGAAGAUGCCUUUAGAUGCUUCCACUUAAUAUGGACAACAAAAACCAUGCAUGCAUGCAUGAUCUAUCUAUACUUAAAUAAAAUUGCUAUGUCUGUCUUUAUUUCCAACUAAGUUUGGAUUUCUUAGACACUUAAAUUUCAAAAAUAAUGUAUGUAUGUGUGUGGGUAUGUACUUUGUUAUCUAUGUUUUUACUUUGCAAGUAAUGGAUUCUAAUGACUCUAUGUAUGUUUUCUUGAAUCCUUUAAUGAGUAUUGGAGCAUGAUUUGCAUAUGA